AUGUCUAGCAUGCCUAGUGGCCGUCAGACCUACAAGCAUCUCGGGCAAUAUCUCCUCCACUGCAGAAAAUGUUACCUCGGAGCAGAGCCCACUGCUUCCUGGUCUUUGAUUACUCCCGUCCGUGCUCCUGGUAGCACGGGGAAGAGGCAAUUCGGCACGACGCCGCAGCCUCGUCGCCCUCAGCAUCCCAACCCAGGCAACUUUGUGAAUCGUCCUAAGGAUGAGCUCCGCGAGAUUGGCAAAAAGGGCGGUCAAAAGGGAGGACGAGCUACAGGCAGCGGAGGGUUUCACGACAUGGAUCCGGUCAAGCAGCGCGAGAUAGCAGCGAAAGGUGGGCAUGCGUCGACUGGAUCGUUCACCAAGGGAAGCAAGCAGGCUCGUGAUGCCGGUCGAAAGGGAGGAAGAGCGCGCAAAACCAGCUCCCCAUCAAGGGAGGAGUACGAAGACGUCUUUGUGUAA